AUGGUCCCUGUCCAGUUCUUCACAGGUGGGGCUGCUGGUCACAGGUGGGGCUGCUGGUCACAGGUGGGGCUGCUGGUCACAGGUGGGGCUGCUGGUCACAGGUGGGGCUGCUGGUCACAGGUGGGGCUGCUGGUCACAGGUGCCUGGUGCUGGCGGCUGGUGCUGGUGCUGGUGCCUGGUGCUGGCGUCUGGCGCUGGUGCUGGUGCCUGGUGCUGGCGGCUGGCGCUGGUGCUGGUGUCUGGUGCUGGCGGCUGGCGCUGGUGCUGGUGCCUGGUGCUGGCGGCUGGCGGUGGUGCUGGUGCCUGGUGCUGGCGGCUGGCGCUGGCACUGGUGCCUGGUGCUGGCGGCUGGCGCUGGUGCUAGUGCCUGGUGUCUGGUGCCUGGUGCUGGCGGCUGGCGCUGGUGCUGGUGCCUGGUGCUGGCGGCUGGCGCUGGUGCUGGUGCCGGGCGCUGGCGGCUGGCGCUGGUGCUGGUGCCUGGUGCUGGCGGCUGGCGCUGGUGCUGGUGCUGGUGCCUGGUGCUGGCGGCUGGCGCUGGUGCUGGUGCCUGACGGCUGGCGCUGGUGCUGGUGCCUGACGGCUGGCGCUGGUCCUGGUGGCUGGUGCUGGCGUAACGGCGCUGGUGCCGGUGCUGGUGCUGGGGACUGGCUUCGGUGCUGGUGCUGGUUCCUGCAUUACGCCGCCACUCCCUUCCCCCUUUCCCUCUCCCACCCGCAGCGUUCCGCCGCCAAUCCCUUCCCCUCCUCCCUCUCCCACCCACAGCGACCGCCGCUGCACACGCGAACAGUCGCGACGGGGGGGGGGGGGGUGACGAGCAGGGGGCCGGGGGAAUGCGACGGGCGGAGCGAGGCGAAGGGAAGGAAGAAAACGGGACGGGGGGGAAAGGGCCGCGACGACCGCCACCGUUGCCGUCCCCUUCAUUCCCGAUGCCGUCCCCCCCCCUUCCCCACUCUCGUGCAAACUCGGCAGCAGGCGUAG